CCAGUAUCACAAAUAACUUCACUUGUGGCCUUUCGCAUGAUACAGUCCUCUCUAUCGGCGAAUAUGAAGAAGAUUUUCCUCCUUCUUUGUUUCGUCUCUCUGAGCGUUGUUUACGCUAGUGGAGACGAUAAAGAUGAGACGGUUGAGGUGGAGUUGUCAUUGGGUAAAAUCAAAGGUUCGAUCAUCAACUCGAGAUUGAAGAGGAAAAUAUAUUCGUUCCGUGGGGUGCGGUUUGCGGAGCCGCCGACCGGUGAAUUACGAUUCCAACCACCGGUUUGUGUGAAACCUUGGAACCAAACAUUCGAUGCGUCGAAAGAAGGUCCAGGAUGUCCGCAACCAGGUUUAGACUUGCAAUCGGAAGAUUGUUUGCGGCUCAACGUCUACACAACGAAGUUCCCGUCGAAAAAUGAACCAGUGAAGAGACCUGUUAUUGUCUUUUUCCACCCUGGUGGCUUCUACAGUUGGUCUGGACAGACUUACUACGCUGGUCCGCAUUAUAUCAUGGACCAAGAUAUCGUCUUAGUGACUGUCAACUACCGGCUGGCCUCCCUAGGAUUUUUGAGUACUGGAGAUGCAUUGGCACCUGGCAACAAUGGCCUGAAGGAUCAAGUGGUGGCACUCCGUUGGAUCCAGACGCACAUUGCGAAAUUCGGAGGUGAUCCAGAUUCUGUUACAAUAGCCGGAUGCAGCGCAGGUUCGUGGAGUAAUUCAGUACAUCUUGUCUCACCAAUGAGCAGAGGCUUGUUUCACCGUGUAAUUGGUGUAAGUGGAGCUGCUACAUUCCAAAGUCUAUUGCCCCAUCAUCUGAAGGACCUGGCGAAGAGACAAGCGGAAAUCCUCGGAUGUCCCAGUGAUACCACCGAAAAAAUACUCACUUGUUUGAAGACUAAGUCCGCGGAAGAAUUGGGAAAUUCACUUCCUCAAUUUGCGGAGUGGCAGGGAGAUCCAGUUUUACAGUGGAGACCCGUCAUCGAACCGGAGGUGCCUGGGGUGGAAAGAUUUCUUUCUGCUCAACCAUCCGAUCUCAUCAGACAAGGAAAACUCUAUCAUGUACCUGUGAUGACAGGCAUCACUAAAGAUGAAUUUGGUGGAGUCCUUACCAUUCCCAUCAGAGAGGCCCAGAACGGUAAUAACGCGAUAUUCGAUGAUAUAAAUGCCAAUUACACGAGAAUCUUUCCAAUAAGUUUCUUCUACGAACGGGGAACCGAGAGAUCAGUCGCCAUCACCGAGAGUCUGAGGAAGUUCUACCUCCAGGAAAAACCCGUUGGCGUCAAUAACUACCAAGGACUGGCCGAUCUUUACGCAGAUGCUCUAGUGGGAUUCCCCAAUCAUCGCUUCGUGAAUCUCAUGGGGGCACAUUCAAGAGCACCAGUUUGGUAUUGGAAAUUCUCUUAUCAGGGACGGUUUACUACUGCAAGAUGGCCGGAUGGUAAACCAUACGGUGUUGUACAUCAAGACGACCUGAUGUAUCUCUUCUACCAGAGCAAAGUCUUUCCAUACUUCGAAGACAACGCACCAGAGAAUGUGAUGGUGGAAAAGAUGACCGCGAUAUGGGCACACUUUGCUAAAACCGGUGAACCAAUACCAAAAGAUAAUCCCCUAUUCAAAGAUGUUCAUUGGACGAAAUUCACGCCGGAGAAUCAGGCUUACUUGGAUAUCGAUAAUAAACUCGAGAUGAAAAGUGGACUUUAUAUCGAUAGGAUGAGAGAGUGGGAAAAACUGUUUCCCUUGAGGCCAUUGCCCUAGUCAGUUGGCGUAUGAUCCAAACUGACUAGGUCGCCAUGAAAAACUUGGUUGUCCAACUAUUUGUCCAAUCAAUUAUUUGUAUUAAUCAGUUAUCAGAGACUAAUAAAGGAUUACGAUGGAAUUCCCCUCCAAAUUCGAUGAAACUUAAAUAUGUCAUAUGGGACCCAAAACAAGUUUGAAAUUUUACGGUUCACGACAAAUAUAUUUUAUUCACAAUAAAUUUGUAAUUUUGAUGGAAGAAAAACAAAGCAGGUAUUUUGUUCCGUAUUAAAAACAUAUGCUUGGAAUUGCGGGGAGUCGAGAGUCUCAGGCGCGAAACUUUUUAAGGGGUUACUCUCAUGUGAACGCAUACAUUUUACCACUUUUUAGGAUUUUUUUUUUAUGCGACAACAAAAUUCAAUCAUUUUAAUUUUUUAAUAUAUUUUUAUUUGUAUUUUGAAAUGUACAAAAAAAUUUUUUUUUCAUUUUUUACAUUUUUAACAUGUAUUUUUUUAAAGUCAAAGUAGGCCCUAACAAAAAAGGAAGUUCACUGGUCAUGGUGAUAGCGGCUGUUCAUGUUGUCUGAGAUAAAAAAAUCGAAUGGAUUAUUAUUCAGUAGAUCUGCGGCUAUCGUCCCUAAUAUAAUCAACUAAUAUAUAAUAUAUUUAUCGUCCCUAAUAUAUUUAUCAACAAGACGGGAAGUUUAUAUAGCGUUCCACAUUUCUUGUGAUCUCAAAGGAGUCGUUGGAGAGGAUUUGGAUGAGGUAGGAAGAGGAACAGGAUAAUUCUCCAUAUAAUUUUUGCAAGAAAAAUAUAAUCCAAAUAUAAUCAAUUUCAUAAAAAAAAAAAAAAUAUCGAACUAAAAAAAAAACAUCACGAAAAUCUUGUUCUUUUUCGUUAAAAAUCGUUUAAAAAAAAUAUGAAAAUAUUUUCGAAAAUAAACAAUUCUACUCCAACUACAAUACUCCAGUCCGCAGUUGUAACUGGGUCGCCCUAUACAUUCGCUCUUCACCUGGAAAACCUUUUCAACAAUAAAAAUUAUAAAUCAGAA